AUGGAUUCACGGCUGAGUCACAACGGACGACGAGCGGGGCUUUUACCGAUGUGUUGCAUUCUGGUGUAUCAAGCUUUUAUAUCGAUGAAUGCCGAAAGCGUCGUAACGGCGAAUGGGAACGAACGGCACAAUCACAGCGGCAGUAUAAUGCUGGAGAAACGGGACACCGGCUCCCCAGGAGAAGAGAUGUCCAAUGUAACAGCGGGCACGGCAGCCCCAAGGCCAGUGGCGCACCCGGUGGACGUCCAGCAGGCAGUGAUGCGUUCAGCGACCGCCUCGUGUUUCUUCCCCUGCCUCAACGGCGGCGAGUGCCUCCUUCAGAAUUACUGCGACUGCGGCCGUUUCAAAGCGUCAGGAGACCGAUGUCAAACAGUUCCAAAUUCCGGAUAUGAAAGAGAAAUGAUGUGCCGCACGUGGGGCCAGUACAACUACGAAACGUUUGAUGGUCUUUACUUUUAUUUCCCUGGAAAGUGCACCUACACCCUGGUCAGGACAUGUGACGACGCCAGCCAUUCCAGCUUUGCCAUUCUGGUCCACAAUGACGCAGAGUGUCACUCGUCUCCCUAUUUGUGCGCCCGCUCGCUCAGCAUAUUUUUUCCUAUGGAGAGAAGGUUGACGCUGAAUGGGUACAACGUGACUUACAACGGACAAAGCCUUGUGCUUCCUCAAGUCAUUCAUGACAUAGAAGUGGAGCAGAUUACUCAUUACGUCCUGGUGACCCAUCAACACAAGUUCACCCUGGCAUGGGAUGGUACCACGUCAUCUGUCUACAUCAAGAUGAGCCCCGAAUACGUUGGCAGAACCUGCGGCUUGUGUGGAAACUUCAAUGCUGAGAUGGAAGACGACCUCCAGACGAGCUACGAUGUGUUCAGCCCUGACAUCGCAGUCUUUGCCAACAGCUGGAGGGAAGCAACGCCACGUGACCGGCCGUGUGCUGCUGUGCCCGCCAACUUCCCUUCUCCAUGUGAGGCCCAGAGCUCUGCCACUCUACAGAAAGUGCAUGAGGUGUGUGGCAUCUUGUUAGAAAGCCCCUUUAAAGAGUGCCAUGCCUUUGUGAGUCCCUAUCCAUUUCUGGCCAGCUGCACAAAUGACCUCUGCAGUGCCGGCGUUGAUGGAGACGUGCUGUGCCAUGCGCUGACUGAGUAUGCCAGGGCGUGUGCCCAUGCCGAUUAUCCCCUUUCGGACUGGAGAAAUCAGAUCGACUCAUGUGCGGCCGAAUGUGAAGGUGAAUUCGUGUACAGGGAGUGCAUCACCUGCUGCCCGGCGUCCUGUCAUGGCGCAAAGCUGUGUGCUCAGAGCAAACUGCACUGCUUGGAUGGAUGCUACUGUCCCGAAGAGCUGAUUUAUGAAAACGGGAGCUGUGUGAACAUCUCGGAGUGCCCCUGUCUGUACCACGGCGCUGAGUUCACCCCUGGGCAAGUCGUGCAGGAGGACUGCAAUAACUGUACCUGCGUGGAUGGAGCCUGGAACUGCACCGAUGCCAGCUGCCCAGGAGAAUGCUCAGUCACUGGGGACAUUCAUUUCCAAACCUUCGAUGGGCGGACAUACACGUUCCAAGCUCCUUGUCAAUAUAUCCUCGCCAAGAGUGGCAGCGCUGGGAAGUUUAUGGUCACGCUACAAAACAUGCCGUGCGGUGAGAAUCUGGAUGGCUCCUGUAUCCAGUCGGUGAAUGUCAUGGUUGAUGAAGACCCCAGGAUUCAAAUUACCAUCACGCACACAGGAGAGGUGUUUGCGUCCGGCCAGUACAGAAUCCGACUGCCUUAUUCCGAUGCUGUCUUCCAGGUUCAGGAGCUCUCCUCUAUGUUUCUGCUGCUGAGUACUAAAGACGGGCUCCUCCUACACUACAACUGGAAGGAACUGCGACUGUACCUGCGGGUGGACCCCUCAUGGAAGGACGACACCAUUGGGCUCUGCGGGACGUUUAACGGAAACAUUCAAGAUGACUUCCUCUCUCCUGCUGGAAUGAUCGAGAGCUCCCCUCAGCUUUUUGGAAACUCUUGGAAGCUCACUUCUGCCUGCGUACCGAACCACAACCUCCACCAGUUUGACCCGUGUGACGCACACCAGCAGGCCGCCCUCUACGCUUCAGAAAUGUGUGACGUCCUCAACCGAGAGCCGUUUUCCCGCUGCCAUCGGUACCUGAGCCCCGGUGCCUUCUAUCAGCAGUGUAAAUCGGACACCUGUAAGUGCGGCGAGACCUGCCUGUGUGCCUCUCUGGCUCACUACGCUCGACAGUGCAGGAAGUACGGAGUCGGCGUCGACCUCCGAGGGCGGCUCUCCGAGUGCGCGGCGCACUGUCCGGAGACCAUGGAGUACGGGGCGUGUGUGUCCUCCUGUCAUCGAAGCUGCCGCUCCCUGUCGGCGCCUGACGUCUGCUCCCAGGAGUGCGCAGAAGGGUGCGUCUGCCCCGAUGGCACCUUCUACAGCAGCGUAUCUCAGCACUGUGUCACCAGAAGCCAAUGUUCCUGCCAUUUUCUGGGAGCGGAGUACACGCCAGGAGAGAUCGUCGUGACGUCCUCGGGGACACGGGUCUGUAAGGAGGGCCUGAUGAUCAUUGAAAGCCCUCAUCCCGGUAAGUCCUUGGUCAGGAUUGAUAUCAACUGUGAAGUCUGUCGUGAUUUUCAUCAGAAUGUCUUCUUUGUUCCAUCGUUAUUUGCAGACACAACGUGUCCACCCGGACAGAUUUAUUUCAAGUGUGACGACGCGCCAUCGGGUGGCAUAGAAAAGACAGGAGUACCGUGUGAAAGAACCUGUGAGAGCCACCUGCUGAACCUCACCUGCCCCGGGCACACGACCUGCGCAUCGGGAUGCGUCUGUCCACAUGGAUUUCUAAAACAUGGCGACAAGUGCUUUCAGCCCUCAGAAUGCCCCUGCCUGUGGAAGGGAAAGGAGUUUUACCCUGGGGAGCGAGUGUCAUCAGCCUGCCACAGCUGUGUCUGCCAGCACGGAUCGUUUCAAUGCAUCUUCCAUCCCUGCCCAUCAAUGUGUACGGCAUACGGAGAUCGGCACUUCCGGACUUUCGAUGGCCUGCUGUUUGACUACAUUGGAGCCUGCAAAGUCUACUUGGUGAAGGGCGGUGACGAGUUGCCACUGAGUGUCGCUGCAGAGAACGUGGAUUGCUAUGACAGCGGUGUCAUCUGCCGCAAGUCUUUAUCCAUCAACAUCGGCAGAUCCUUUGUUAUCUUUGACAGUGGGAGCGGAGUGCCGAGCCCGGCCAGCCUGAUUGACAAGCGACAGCAGGUGUUCAUCUGGCAAGCGGGCUUCUACACCAUCGUCCACGCCCCGACGGAGGACAUCACCGUGCUGUGGGACCACCACACCACCAUCCACGUCCAGGCCGGGCCUCGCUGGCAGGGGAAGCUGACUGGACUGUGUGGUAACUUUGACCUGAAAACAGCAAACGAGAUGCUCACUCCAGAGAACAUUGAGUCUGCGACGCCGCAGGAGUUUGGGAACAGCUGGACGACUGCAGAGUGUGUGAACAGCCCUGACAUCCGAAAUCCAUGCAGUGUGAACCCACUGAGGGAGCCGUUCGCCAAGUCACGCUGUGCCAUCCUGCUGGGGGACGUCUUUGAGGCCUGCCAUUCUGUGGUUGAUGUUACCUGGUUUUACUCAAACUGCCUCAGUGAUACCUGCGGCUGCAGCCGGGGAGGAGACUGCGAGUGCUUCUGUACCAGCGUGGCGGCGUACGCACAUCGGUGCUGUCAGCACGGAAUCGCAACAGACUGGCGGUCCCCCGAUGUUUGCCCCUAUGACUGUGAAUUUCACAAUAAAGCUCUGGGAAAUGGCCCCUUCUUCCUCGUCACUUACUUGGACAGCGGGACGAUGCUGGCUGCCAACUUGUCCGGUGGGCUUCUAUUCCCAGUGCAGGCUGAUGUGUCACUUUCAGGGCUGGCCAGCCGCUUUAUGCUGACCCCCGGAUUGUCCCGGUCCAGGCCACACGAUUUGAGCCUGGUGUCUUUGGAAGCUGCCGAGCGCCCCAACUAUUUUGUGCAAGUGAGGGCAGCCGGAGGUCUGGUGCUCACCAAAUGGCAGGAGGACAGCCAGUUUGAGGACGAGAGCACAUUUGUGAUUCACAGGGGCACGUGGGUCGGGGGAUACGACAGCUUUGAGUCCUACGCACAUCCCAGCCUCUUCCUCCAUUACAUGCGCUCAGGAGUCCACCUCAGGAAGUACGAGGACAGCGAUGGCUUCAGGCAGGCGACGUUCUUUAAACUCUCAGAAGCUGAUUCAGAAUCUUCGCUUCACUCCUCUUGCCAGUGGAGAUACGACUCCUGCUCCAGUGCGUGCUUCAGAUCCUGCAGCGACCCCACAGGAGAAUCAUGUCACACGAUACCCAAAGUUGAAGGAUGUGUUCCUCGCUGCCCCCAUGAAAUGGUCCUGGAUGACGUUACCCUGAGAUGUGUUUACGUCCGAGACUGCAUCAGACCCCCAGUUGCUGCGGAGCCGCUGACUCCCCACAGUACGCCACCGACACCUGGAGCUGUCACUUCUGCGGUGAAUGCCAGUGAGCCAUUCACAGUAUCAUGGCCAGCAUUGGUGACCCCCAGUGCCACACUGCCAUCUACAGGUGGAACUCAAGUCACCACAUCUACGCCUUCUCCAGUCACCUCCUUGUCUCCAGCAGCCACAAAUGGCACCAGGGGUCCGUCUUCACCAGUAACCACUCAGCGUCCAAGUACAGAAGCACGACAUACGCUUUCUCCAGCAUUGCUCACUGUGUCAUCUUCACGAGCUGAGUCCUGGUCCACCAGCCACCCAGCAGAACCCCCAGAAUCUUCCAUGCCUGAGGCGGCUUUGCCCACCACAACUGGUACUCUGCCUACCAGCAGCCCAGUCCCUGUAGAAAGCACGACGAGCUGGACGGCGUCCUCAGGUACUGAAGCGGUGGUCACGGCAGUCGCCAGUACAAAGCAGACGACACCCUGGAAAUGGAGCAGCAGUUCCACAAGAACGACAUCACCGUACCCCACGUUCUCCACUGGCAUAGCUGUCCUGCCCGAGACGGAGAGCACAACGGGCUCAGCACCCACCACACGCACAACCUCCAGUGAACAGAUGGUGAUGCUUUCAACAACGGUGACACUUACUACAGAGAGCACACCGUCCACUCUUCGUACAGAACGAACAAGUCCUAUCAGCUCUCUGCCAACUACACGUACGUCUGACAUUGGGAGCACAAUGGAAGUGGGAUUUCCUGCUGUCUCUGCAACAGAAAGCACAACCCUGGGUCCCAUCAGGUCUGUCACAACGCCAGCCACAGUGGGGCUUACUACCGAGACAGUGACAACUACUGAAGUGCCAACGUCCAAGGUGACCACACACUCAUCUCCCUUACAGCCCACAGAAAUAUCCCCAAGCUCCAGUCCUGGGCUUUCGCAAACAACAACACCAACUGCCUCAAUGGCAUCCUCACUGCCAUCUGCGCGAUAUACGGGAACUCCAACAACGGAGGUGAGAACUACUGAAGGUCUGACUACAACACCAAAGGAUGAGGGGACCUCUGCUGGUUUGUCUACAGCCCCAAGCACAACAUCAGUGGAAUCAGCUACACCUCAUCCAUCUGAGGUACUGUCGACAAGGGUCACUCCAGACAGGACACUGUCGACGUCCCCAGGAAGGUGGGAUACCGAUGGCAGCACAGCUGGGACCACUGCCACCAAAGCGAUCACAGCAACGUCAACUGCCACCACCAGUGAAGCGCUGAGAGAACCUCAGGAUGAGACGCCGUUGACCCCGACAGCCACAUCUUGGAGAACAUCUGCUUCACCAAGUGCCAGCUCCUCCACGACUACUUCAUCUACAAACACAACAAUGACGUACUCCAUGACCUCCAAAGCUACAACAGAAGCCACGACCACCUCGAGCCCCUCAGAAGUCACAUCGCUGACAGCCAAGCAUGAAACUGACUCAGCUGGGGCAUCGAUGGGCACCAUCAGACCGGCAGCCAGCACCACCCCACCUCUGUCUCUGCCCACUACUACUACUACUACCACCACCACACAAGGAGGCAGCUCCUCCACAUCCAAGGUGACAAGUGAGCUCAUGACACUUAGCCCCCCCACGACACCACCCCCGACGACCACCAUGUCAUCAACAGGCCUACCAGUCCCAGGAUCCACCAGCCCUGCAGUGACAAGCACAGCAGCAGCAGAGUCCCUGUCAACCUCAUCCCCACCGUCCCCAAAGAGCACAGUGCCAGCAGAGGGGACAAGCAGCAGUUCAGGGCAGGAGGAGAAGGAAAUGACUGUGGCAACUCAACCCUCCCGGGCACAUCCGACAUCAUUUGUCACCGUCAUACUGACAACACCUUCACCUGAGAUAUGGACCUCCAGCUUCACUAUAGCCACUACGCUGCCAGCCACACACCCAAUUCUGAAGACAAGCUUAUCCACAUCAGCGAGUCACACACCAUCUACAGAAGCCCCCCGGGAGACCACUCGACAAACGCUCAACGCCACAGAAGGGACUACGGCUGCCAGCCUUCCGUCCACAUCCACUUGGAGGACUCAGUCGCAUUCAUAUUCUCCAGGUGCUGCUGCAACUUCUUCAACUGCUGCUUCCAAGAUGACACAAAAUCAAACAGCACAGGCGACCACUUCAGAGGGACCCCACACCCCACCGAUUGUGAUGGAGAUUACCGGAAGCAUGUGGUCACCGAGGACCGACGAACAGACGACACACUCAAGUAGCCCAGCAGCAGCCUCGACAUCCACUGAAGCACAGCAGCCAGACAGCACUCCGAGCCAAAUGGCACAACAGACCACCCUAGAGGAGACAACGGGGACCACCAGGACAAUCUCGACUGGAGUACCGGCGUCCUCAAGCGUAGCUCCAAAAGAGACAACGCCAUCAGAGUCCUGGGGGACGCCGUUAUCCAAUGAGACUCUGGCUGAAGUUACCACCGUAGCAGCGACUUCCACUCCUCCUGAGGUCACGACGGAGCUGACGACGCUUGUAGCGUCAAGUACGGCAGUGCAAGAGAGCAGAGGGACCACCACACAGCUGGAAACAGACGAAAUGUGGGCAUCGCCAACCUUCGUGUUCAGCAGCGAACAGACAAGCAGUGCAGUUACAGCCUCCAGAAUGUGUACGCCUCCGUAUACUGAAAUAAUAGAUGAAUGCACAAAAUACGUCUGCAUGAACGGCCAGCUGAUGCUGUUCAACAAAUCUCAGCACUGCCCUUACAAUGCGACUCCACCGAACUGCGGCCUCCUGGGAUUCGCCAUACUGGUGAAUGGCGACAAGUGCUGCCCGCAGUGGGACUGUCCCUGCCGCUGCUCCGUUUUCCCCGAUCUGAAUGUGAUCACCUUUGAUGGGAACAGCGUGGCCGUGUACAAAGCGGCGUCCUACAUCAUCACACAGCUGCCAAAUGAAACGGUCAGCAUUCACGUCCAGGAGUGCCAAAGCUCAGAUGUGCUGUUUUGGAACUUCACGAACCUUUGCCUGGCAGCCCUGAGCAUCACACAUUGGCCACACCAAGUCCUGAUCGACCGUCUUCAGAGGAGGAUAUUUGUGAACUCCAGGUAUGCGCGGCCGCGCUUUAAGAAGUACGGAUUUGAGAUUCUGGACACUGGAAACAUGUACCUCCUUCGAACUCCAGCAGGCCUGAAGAUCCAGUGGUUUCACAGCACAGGGAUGAUGAUCAUCGAGACGGACAGCGCCAGCAGCAAGCCCACUACCAUGGGGUUAUGUGGCUGUUGUGACGGAGACCCCAAAAAUGACCUCACAUUGUCCAACGGAACGACGGUCCGAGAAAACGAGGACCCAGCAGUCUUUAUCGACAGCUGGCAAGUGCCAAACACAACCAGCUUCAUGGGUCAGAACCGGCGAAGAGAAGUCAACUGCUCCACCAGCGACUGCUCCAAAUGCCUGAGCAUGUUGAGCAACCAGACCUUCAGUGGCUGCCACGUGUUUGUCCCACCCAAGAUGUUCUGCGAAGUUUGGGUCCGUGAUGCCGAAUACGUGAAGAAUCCCUGCAUUGCGCUGGCCGCGUACGUGGCGGCGUGCCACAAGUUCAGCGUGUGUAUCGAAUGGCGGAGUCCCGACUACUGCUCAUUCGUGUGCCCUCCUGAGCUGCGGUACCAGGCCUGUCUACCAGCAUGCAAUGCCAAGACCUGCCCAACCCACGAGUUUGAUUCAGACCCUGAAGACUGUUCUGGGCUGACAGAGGGCUGCGUAUGUCCAGAGGGGACUCUCCUGCACCGGCCGUACUCAGCGCUCUGUAUACCCUUUGAGAAAUGCGCAUGCACAGACAGUUCUGGGACGCCUCGUGCCGCCGGCGAAGUCUGGAAGGCAUCCAAAGAUGGCUGCUGCAUGUACAAAUGUGACAAUGACACCAUCGUCCCAGUGGAGCACAACUGUACAGACACUCCAGAGCCAGUGUGCAGAAAGGCAGGAGAAGUCGUGGUCAGUCUGUCUGACACCAACAGCUGCUGUCCUCAAAAGUCCUGUGUUUGCAAUCAGACUUUCUGUGAGGGAUUUGCCUCGGAGUGUAAGUUUGGAGAGAAGCUUGUUUCCUACUACAGAGAGGACUCGUGUUGUCCAGAUGUCGUGUGCGAGUGCGAUCCUGACCGGUGUGAAUCGGAGAUCCCAGUAUGCCGAGAAGACCAGUUCCUUAUCGCCACCCGUGCUGAUGGCACCUGCUGCAUGGCGUACAUCUGCACGUGCAGACCCUGCCAAGAUGGCACUCCACGCUGCCAGGAUGGAGAAGUGCUGACGGUGGAUGUCAACACCACUGAACGCUGCUGUCCCACUUACCACUGCGUGUGUGAGACGUAUCGCUGUGAAGAGCACAGGUGCCCUCGUGGGAUGGUGGUGGUGACGGUGUGGAGUCCAAGCCAAUGCUGCCCACUGCGCACGUGUGAAUGUGCCUGUGACGCUGUCCCCAAACCACAGUGUGACGUGGGGGAGACUCUGCAGAUUGACGUGGACUUCCUGGCGGACCCCGAGAAUCGGUGUGGCUGCACGAGCUACACGUGUGUUAAAGAGCCAGUGUGUGUGGAUGGGCAGCGGGGUGCCAUGCGGCCCGGGCAGACGCUGGUGGAGCACACGGCUGAUGGUGUCUGCUUCAUAACCGAGUGCACUAGCAACGUAGACCCCGUCACCGGCUUCCACAAGGUCCAAGUGAGCCACACCAACUGUUCUGGCCAGUGUCAGCUGAAUCAGGUGUAUGAAGCCCCACGUCACCCCGGCCUCUGCUGUGGCGUCUGCAGGAACGUCUCUUGUAUUUCCCACACAGACAAUGGGACCGCUGCUCUUGUCAAGCCUGGUGCAUCGUGGGUCAGCAGCUGCGUCAAGUACGAUUGUGUGGAUACGCACUCCGGACCGACCCUCGUCAGCUACCCGGUCAGCUGUCCCCCCUUCAACGAGAGCGAGUGCACCAAGAUUGGCGGGACCCUUGUCAGCUACAUGGAUGGCUGUUGUAAAACCUGUAAAGAAGACGGGAAGUCAUGCCAGAAGGUCACAGUCCGGAUGACAAUCCGAAAAAAUGACUGCCGGAGCAACCGACCCGUGAACAUCGUGUCGUGUGACGGCAAGUGCCCGUCCGCCAGCAUCUACAACUACAACAUCAACACCUAUGCCAGGUUCUGCAAGUGCUGCCGGGAGAUCGGCCUCCAGAGGCGCUCGGUGCAGCUCUUCUGUAGCAGCAAUGCCACCUGGGUGUCCUACUCCAUCCAGGAGCCCACCGACUGCGCGUGCCAAUGGUCGUAAGCCGGAGAUGGCGAGAGGUGCCAGGAGCCCACGGGGUUCUGUUCCUCGGGUGACCGAGAGAGAAGAGAGCCACCUUACACAAGAAAGGAGCGCACACGCCAUCCUCUGUGUGACCGGAUGGACAUUCCAAAGUGGACAGUGGUCAGCGUGUAUUUAACUGAAAGACGUGUAUCUAAAUAAAUAUUUGAGAAUAAACGUGGACGGACGAAAACUAACGUACCUAAUGUAGACAGCGCUUAUCUAACAUCUUCUAGAUGUGCCUGCCGCCUUUACGCCCGGCUCAUUCGGUGCCCUCGCGCUAAGCCUCUCUGUGUUGCCAGUUAUGACACUUCGCCAAAAGAGGACGAGCGCUCCCUUUGUAUUUGUUUAUUGUAUUGGGCCGUCCCAGAGAUGUGCGUUUGGAUGACGAAACUUGAGAGGCCAAAUGCAGAAGAGCAUCAUGGGAUAGCAGACCUCCACUCUUACCGCAAUGGCAGCUCUGGCCCGUGGCUCCCCGGGCCCCUCUCUUCAGCAAUCGUCACAGUGACUGAGACCUGCUAGCCUGUCGGGAUGUGACGAUGACAGAAGAGGACGCAGUGAGAGUGUCUGUGCUGCGAAUAAUAACACUCGGGGCAAUCUGGGGACGACAUUCACGGGGACUCUGCUGUCAAGGUCUGUGUGUGUGUGUGUGUGUGUGUGUGUGUGUGUCCUGUGUGUGACAGAAGAGUGACAAGCAUCCAUUAGCUGGCAACUCAGAUGUUCUGUGUCAUUUAAAAUAAAAGA